GAAACAAUUAGUUUUUGUCUUUUAAGGUACUCCAAUAGUACCGUACCCAUGACCUAGGAUUGAAGUCCGUUUAUGUCAUUGCCAGUUUUGCCACUCUGUUUGCAAAAAAUGUUGGGAGCAAUUUUGCAUAAACUAGGGUUGAUAUAUAAGCAAAAAUCACCUGUUUCAAUCUUUCACACUUGAUUAACUUUCUACUCCGUACUUUAUUCCAAACAAGCAGCAGAAAAUGGAGGUACUGAAGAAACUGGAAGAAAUACAGAGGAUGCUGAUGUUCAUGGAUUACCAACACUUCCUUUCUCCAACACCCACUUCUUCUCUCUCUGAUUCCCACCGUUUUCUCGCUCAAUUUCUCCUUUUUCUGAUUGAACCCAGUGGAAAACUGAGUAUUGACGACAAAUGUAGCUUAAUUUCCCAACAUUUACCUAAGAUUUCGCCGUCAUUUCUUGAGAAUGCAUUGGUAGUUUUGCCCGGCGAACGGACGGGUGUUUUGGGUGAUUCACUGUCUAUUGACUUGGUUAAGGAGGAUUUUGGUGAUGGCAGCCGUGGUUCAGGAUCGAAUGCAGCCUGUGAGGAUAUGGCUUUAAUUGGGUUGGAUGCGAUGCAACGUGCGAAUUCCACAAUUGAAGACUUUUGUAGAUCUUACUUUAUGUUCCAUGGGAUGGAUGUGAACAGGCCGGAAUCCAUAUUCAAAUAUUUACCUGUGCUUUCUUUCGUUGAAAGCUAUAUCUACCAGUUGGACACUUUGAAUGAGAAGAUGGUUGAUGUAAGUGUAAGCAAAGUGGCUGUUCGAGAUGGAAGAUCCGAUAAAGAAGCAUAUUCUACCUUGGCAUGCAGGUUCAAUAAAGAUUUUGAGUCAGAUACAUUCCGGCCACUUACGAUUCUACUUCAGUGUAAUGGGCUGCUGACAAAGAGAAUCAGAGAAGAACUGAAAAAUGGAGAGGAAUACUGGGCUUUAGAAAGGAGGCUUUGUGGUGCUUCUGAACAAGAUGAGAUUUCAAUUGAAGAUGCAUUGAGGGCUAUUCAUCUCAAAUCUUUUGAUUAUCGGGUUUUGAAUCUUCUUUUGUAUCAGCUGCAGGGAGAAGAGGUUAAUGAUUUUCAUAUGGAAUUCUUGACUAUCUCCGAAUAUCUAGUGGAGGUAUCCGAUGAUCUAUUCGAUUAUGAGGUCAGCUUACAUGCAAAGUUUAUUGAACAGAUAAUUUCUGCUUCAAGGUUUCCUGUGCUUAACAUGUGGUUUCUUGUCCAGGAAGAUGUGCUGGAGAAUAAUUUCAAUAUAUUGCGCGUGUUUGUCAGAAUAUAUGGCGCUUCUGCAGCCCCAACCAUGCUGGCUAAAAGUAUUGCUGAGGCUGAAGAGAAGUAUGAGAAACUGUCAAAAGCUUUGGAUCCCAAGCUUUAUGCGAGCUACCAAAGAAGAUGUGAAGAAGCCACCAGAGAAGGUGGGAAGGUUUCUGGAUAUUCUCUUGGAUCAUGGACUAUCCCACCUCUUAUAGUGGACGAGGAGCUAUAUAGAUCUAGCAUGUCAGAUUCUUCUUAAUUACUGCUCUCGGAUGCUACUGGUUGACAGUAACUCCAGCUGUUUUGGAGACUGACGCAAAGCUUCCCUGGGAAUGUUGUUUUGUCUGUAUUUCCCAUGGCUGAAAUGAUGAUGCUGAUGAGAAUGCUGUAAUUCUGCAUUAUUGCUCGCAAAGUGUCUCUCUAUCUCAGUUUCUCAGUGCAAGGAUGGUAGGCUGGACACUGUAGUGAAGUUGCUUGAGGUAACCAUCAACAUUCCUGUAAGAAUCCUAUCAGCAAUUUGGGGGAUUAUCUCGUGUAAUCAGUAGCUUAACUUUUGUUAACAUUAAUGCAGAGUCGUAGAUUUUGCAGUGUAUUAGGUAAGAUUCGUGGCGCAAUAUUUAUAGCGUAAAUCAUAUGUAACAUGAUUUAUACAUCUCAAAAGUCAGUGUGGGCGCAUGUUUACAUUUAGUACAUGUACUAUGACUGACUACAUUGUAUAAAUAUAGGAGUUAGUUACUGUGAGUCUGUGAUAAUAUGCCAAGUUUGACCUUUGACUUUCUAAACUUGGCCAGGUAAAUCUCCAGGAAGUCACAAGGUUGUUUACAGUGAUUAUACAGCUUUGCGUUUAUCAAAAAA